AUGAGCUUGUCUUUCUUCCUCUGCCUUCUCUUUUUCAGCCACCUGAUCCUCCUCGCUUUGGCACAGAAGGAGACGCUGCCCCCCAGAGCGCAACUUGGAGACGCGGCUUUGCGUGCCAAAAACAGCAGAAGAAGCAGGCUUGGAAGUAGGAAUACCACUUCUUCUUCCUCCUCCUCCUCCUCCUUUUCAGCCCCUUCCCCUUAUUUCGCCCCCUCUUCGGGAGUUCAAGGCAGCGGUUCCGAAAGGAGCAGUUUCCAGUGGAGCCCAUCCGGGCGCAGAACCGGCAGCCUCUAUUGCAGAGUGGGCAUCGGUUUCCAUCUCCAAAUCCACCCCGAUGGGCUUGUCAAUGGCUCCCAUCAAGGCAGUAUCUUAAGUAUUUUGGAAAUAUUUGCUGUGUCUCAGGGGAUUGUAGGAAUACGAGGAGUUUUCAGCAACAAAUUUUUAGCGAUGUCAAAAAAAGGAAAACUCCACGCAAGUGCCAAAUUCACAGACGACUGCAAGUUCAGGGAGCGGUUUCAAGAAAACAGCUACAACACCUACGCCUCAGCAGUUUACAGGACUGAGAAGACGGGCAGAGAAUGGUACGUGGCCUUGAACAAACGGGGCAAGGCGAAAAGAGGGUGCAGCCCUCGGGUGAAACCCCAGCAUAUCUCAACGCAUUUCCUCCCGAGGUUCAGGCAAGCAGAACAGCCGGAACUGGCUUUCACUGUCGCCGUUCCUGAGAAGAGGAAACCACCUGUCGCUAUCCCAGCAAAGCCAAAGGUCCCGUUGCCGAUUCCUCGGAAGAACUCGCCCCCGGUCAAAUAUAGACUCAAGUUUCGCUUUGGAUAG